AUGACACAAACGGCAAUAGUUGAGGAAUACAAAAUUGCCACAUCACGCAAAGCUGUAGAUGGCAAAUUGACACAAACGGCAAUAGUUGAGGAAUACAAAAUUGCCACAUCACGCAAGGCUGUAGAAGGCAAAAUGACACAUGAGGCAAUAGUUGAGAAAUACAAUAGUGCCACAUCACGCAAAGCUGUAGAAGAGAGAGAGAGAGAGAGAGAGAGAGACAGAGAGACAGAGAGACAGAGACAGAGCGACGGAGACAUAGAGGCAGACAAAGAGACACAGAGAAAGACAUAAAGACGGAGACAACGAGACAGAUACAGAUACAGAGAGAGAGAGAGAGACCGAGAUACAGAGAGACAGAGGGACAGAGGGACAGAGAGACAAAGAGACAGAGAGACAGAGAGACAGACAAAGAGACAGAGAGACAGAAAGAUAGAGACAGAGACAGAGAGACACAGAGAGAGAGACAGACACAGAGAGAGAGAGAGAGAGAGAGAGAGAGAGAGAGAGAGAGAGAGAGAGAGAGAGAGAGAGAGAGAGAGAGAGACACACACACACACAGAGACAAAGAGUGAGAGAGGACAGAGAGACAGAGCGACGGAGGGACAGAGACAUAGAGACAGAGAGACAGAGACAGAGAGACAGAGACAGCGCGACGGAGACAUAGAGACAGACAAAGAGACCCAGAGAAAGACAAAAAGACGGAGACAACGAGACAGGUACAGAUACACAGAGCGAGAGAGAGACCGAGAUACAGAGAGACAGGGGGACAGAGGGACAGAGAGACAAAGAGACAGAGAGACAGAGACUGAGAGACAGACAAAGAGACAGAGAGACAGAAAGAUAGAGACAGAGACAGAGAGACAGAAAGAUAGAGACAGAGAGACUGAGAGACAGACAGACAGGGAGACUGAGAGACAGAGAGACUGA